CACCCCCACUCUCAGCGCGGCGCGCAUGCUCGCCGGAGGGUGGCCGUGCUUCCCUGGGCUCACUAGCCCGGGAAUCAUUAAAUGGCGUGGAAGGAGGGAAAGUUGACUCUCGGGUCUCUAGAGCCUCAGGGGCGAUGAGCGGAGACUUUCGGAGGGCGGAGUCUGGGACGGAGCUACUUGCUCGCCUUGAAGGUAGAAGUUCCCUGAAAGAUAUAGAACCAUUUUUGUUUGCUGAUGAAGGCUCUCCUAUCCAUGGUGACAUACUAGAAUUCCACGGUCCAGAAGGAACAGGAAAGACAGAAAUGCUCUAUCAUCUGACCGCAAGAUGUAUCCUUCCAAAAUCAGAAGGUGGAUUAGAAGUAGAAGUCUUAUUUAUUGACACAGACUACCACUUUGAUAUGCUUCGGCUAGUUACAAUUCUUGAACGUAGAUUAUCCCAAAGCACAGAAGACAUAAUAAAACAUUGCCUUGGAAGAUUUUUUCUCGUGAAUUGCAGCAGUAGUAAUCAAUUACUUAUCACCCUUUAUUCACUGGAAACUAUGUUUUGUAGUCACCCGUCCCUCUGCCUUUUCAUUUUAGAUAGCUUAUCUGCCUUCUAUUGGAUAGACCGAGUCAAUGGAGGAGAAAGCCUAACUUUACAAGAAAUUAAUCUGAAGAAAUGUUCUAAAUUCCUGGAGAAGCUUGUAAAAGAAUAUCAUUUGGUUCUCUUUGCAACAACACAAACUAUAAUGCAAAAAAAUUCAAAUUCAACAGAAAGAUCAUCUUCCUUAAAACUUCCAUGUGAAGAAGUAGAUAUAGAUUAUAGACCCUAUCUUUGUAAGUCAUGGCAACAGAUGGUAAACCACAGAAUAUUUUUUUCCAGACAUAAUUCAGAAAGUAGCAACCAAAUGUUUUCAGUAGUGUCAUAUCAUCUAAAAAGCAACAAUUUGAUAAAGCGUUUAUUUAGUAUUCGAGAAAGUGGGGUUCAUUUUUGUUAAAGCUGUAUCAGAAAUAGCCUAUUUGUAGACAUUGAAUUUUAAAUGUAUAUUUUAAAAAUUUUUUCUCCUUGUUGAUAUUUUCAUGAUAUAUCAGCAUUUUUAAAUUUUAAAGACUAAAAUGAUUAACAUUGGCAUUUGUAUAUAAAUUGCAAGAAUGAAUUUCAGGUAUAAGGAAAUACAUUUUCUGUUCUUAUAUCAUCCAAGGCUAAACAACUUAAUAUUGCUGCUUUGAUUUUGAAUAAAACUUAUGCAAAAAAUAAGUGUAUUUCAGUUUAAAUAAAAGUAAAUUCUAUAAUUUU